AUGACGCUCACCGCCAUCACUGCUGACACGGAUCGCGUCCGCAACCUCCACUCCUAUUUUUUCGACAGUGGCCUUCCGGCAUCGGCUGCAGCACCGCCGCUGUCUCUGCUCAUCGCCAGCGAGCCUUCGCUUAGCAGCUGGCACGCCAGUGUGACCGUAUCGCAGUCGCAUGCCGUCGAGUGCUGCUGGUUUGAGGGAGCCAUCCAACGCUCUUAUCGACAAGGCAUGAGAUUCCCGCUGUGGGCAGGAGGGGCCUUUGAUGACGGCCGCAUGCUUGUUCAUCCCACCCGUACAGUGUCUGCCCCUUCGCAUCGUCCCUCGUUCCUGUCUUUGCCUAUCGCCUCGAACUACUCCGCCGCCGCUGCUGCCGCCUUCGCCGACUUUACCGCCUGCGGUCCGACCACGCAUCACCGUGCCGACGGCCUUGUUGCAUCUGCAGGAUUCGGCGCACACCUCACCGGUCGUUCCCCCUCGCGCCUUCUUUCGUACCUCAGCAACGCUGUCUCACACGGCACACUUGCAUCCACUCACCCAUUCGUCUUCAAUCGCAGACGGCUCUCCCCCAACCCAACCGAUCCAUCUCUCCUUCAUCCUCCUUCCACAUCCCGGCUCUUCAAAAUGGCUGACGAACAACCAAAGUGCAGCGGACCCGGCGAUAACUUCACCGGCUCGAUCGGUCUCCGUGUGGGCGCCAUCUUUAUCCUUUGGGUCUCGUCCACCGUGGUGACGCUCUUCCCCAUCCUUACCCGCCGCGUCCCCCGCCUCCAUAUCCACCGCGAAGUCUUUGACUUUGCAAAGUACUUUGGCUCCGGCGUCAUCAUCGCCACCGCCUUCAUUCAUCUAUUGGCACCGGGUGUCGAGGAACUCAGCUCGCCAUGUCUCAACGACCACUUUCAGAACUACCCCUUCGCCUUCGCAUUUGCCAUGAUCGCGCUCUUCGCCGUCUUUGUCGUCGAGCUCUUUGCUUACCGUCUUGGAUCCAAGUGGGCCAACAAGCUCGCCUACAACCCGCACAUGGGUGGGCACCACCAUGCGCUCGAACACCACGGCGGCCUUGACCACGACCACGCCCACGAACACCACGAUCACAACCACGGCCAAUUCGCUCCUGCAGCUAAAAACGCCCCUUCUGAAGACCUCGAGGGCUCUGCCGCCGAGGUCUCUCGCUCGUCCCCGGCUGCCGAGGCCAAGAGUAUCGACGAUGCCAGUUCCGCCGUCGCUCUCUCGUCGCAGGCAUCCGAGAUUGUCGGCGUGCUCAUCCUCGAGUUCGGCGUCAUCUUCCACUCGGUCAUCAUCGGCGUCACGCUCGGCACCACUACCGAUUUCACGGUCCUGUUCAUCGUCAUCAUCUUCCACCAGAUGUUCGAGGGUCUCGGUCUCGGCUCCCGUCUGGCAUUCCUGCCGCUCAAGAUGACCUCAUGGAUUCCCGUAAUCGGCGGUCUCGCUUACGGCCUCGUCACCCCCAUCGGCCUCGCCAUCGGCCUCGGCAUCCGCAACACCUACAACGGCGACUCGGCCACCGCCAACUACGUGACCGGUAUCUUUGACUCGGUCUCGGCCGGUAUCCUGCUGUACACCGGAACGGUCGAACUGCUCGCCCACGAGUUCAUCUUCAACGAGAGGAUCCGCACCGCGUCGCUCACCAAGCUUUCGGUCAGCAUCAUCGAGAUGAUGGCCGGUGCAGGUCUCAUGGCUCUGCUUGGCCGAUGGGCUGAGGAUUCUGAGUCGGACGAAGAGGUGGACGCGGCCUCGCUCGGUGCGGGGUCGGCGCUGCGGAAACACUCAAAGCUCCGGACAGACGAGCAGACGCCGGAACUAUGUCGACACGCAUCGCCCUGUGCGCUCAAUCUCGCGCUCCCGCUUCCGCACUUCCAGCAAGCAGUGCGGUAUAAAGCUUCCAGUGCUCCCGCAAUCCUCAACCUUCCGCACGCCCAACCCAUCAUCGUCCUCAGCAUCGUCAACGCAGUCAGCAACAUGGCGUUCUUCACUGGUGGUAGCCGCUUCCACACUGUCAAGCGAUCGGGCUCACCGGCCUCUGACGACGACGGCAAGUCGAAGCUGCUUCCCAUGCUCGACGAGAUCGACGAGCUCGACGAGAGCAACACGGGCGACGAGGGCAACACGGUCGACGAGAGCAACACUGUCGUUGAAGACAUCAAGCCCGUGAAGCCCGAGGUUGGGCCCUCUUCUCCCGCAGCUGGCGAGAGGAAGACGCCGCGCUACACUACCGAAGGCGAGCAGCAGGCCAUCAUGGCAAUGGCCACGGCAGGCAAGAAGCCCGGCGAGAUCGCCAAGAUCUUUGGACUUCGCUCCAACACGGUCUCCAAGCUCAUCACCCGCAAGCAGAAGCAGGCCCUCGGCGCGAUGAACCUCGAGCAGUACACCAAGACCUCCCCUACCCGCAAGAGCAAGAGCCCCCGCGCCAAGAAGCACUGA